AUGCAUCCUUGGGUCGCCAUCCUGGGCCUCAUACUCCUUCUGACAGAGGGUGCAACGUCUUACCCACAAGUGACUGGAGUGGUGGGUCAGUCUGUCAGGCUACCCUGCACCUAUGGUGGAGAAGUCGCGAGCACAUGCUGGGGCCGAGGGGCAUGUCCUUGGCUUCGCUGCGGAAGUGACAUUAUCUGGACUGAUGGAUACAGGGUCACCACUCGGAAGGACAAACGUUAUAAGCUAAAUGGAAAUAUUGGUGGAAGGGAUGUGUCUUUGACCAUAGAGAAUGCAGCCCUCUCUGACAGUGGCUUGUAUUGUUGCCGUAUUGAGAAGCGAGGGUGGUUUAAUGAUGUAAAAAUCACCCUAGACUUAAAAAUAAUACCAGCUCCACCUACAACAACCACCACCACCACCACUACUACAACAACAACGACGACCACUACUCCAACAACCACCACCACUACUCCAACAACGACCACCACUACUCCAACAACGACCACCACCACUACUCCAACAACGACCACCACUACUCCAACAACGACCACCACCACUACUCCAACAACGACCACCACCACUACUUCAACAACCACCACCACUACUCCAACAACGACCACCACCGCUACUCCAACAACGGCCACCACCACUACUCCUAGCCCAGCAACAACCACCACCACUAUUCCAGGAACAAUGACCACCACUCCAACAACAACAAUGGUUACCACUGCUCCAAUGACAACUAGGGCCUCUACCUCUGUUCUUCCAAUGCCAUCACCCAAAAAGAACCUCCAGCCAGUAGCUUCUUUAUCUUCUCCAACCCAGACAACAGAAACCCAGCCUACCACCCCACGUGAAAGAAAUAUGACGGGCUCACCAACGCACUCUUGCUCAACAGAUGGGAAUGGCACUGUGACACAGUCUCCAGAUACCCUUUGGCGUAACAAUCAAACCCCUGCUGUGCUGGCACAAGACCCAUGGAAGAGCACCAGUAAGGGAGUCUACAUUGGAAUUGGUGUUACUGCCCUGGUAUUGAUCACGUUUUUGGUUAUGAUUAGCAGAAAAUAUUUUUGCCUGGGUAGCAAGUUGGAACUAUUACGUGUGAUUCCGUUGAGGGACUCUCACCUUGGAGCUGUGAAAGAAGAAGCUGUGAAACAUGUCCGAGCAGAAGACAAUGUCCGUAUUACUGAUGACUGUCUUUAAGUCUUGGAUUAAGAUCCAUUGGACUUCUCAGGUGCUAUGCCCUUGACUAUGGAAGACAGUGACCAGAUAUCACUGUGUCAGAAUCCUUUCAAGCAG